GUUCACAGACCUGUCUGUCUGUCUGUUUGUGUGGACCAGCAGAAGAUAAGCGACCAUGGCACCUGGGAAGAUGAACAGGGUGUUUGUCAUCGGUGUGGGCAUGACUAAGUUUGACAAGCCUGGAGCCCGAGGCGACUAUGAUUACCCUGACAUGGCCAAGGAAGCAGGUCAAAAGGCUCUAGCAGAUGCAAGAGUCCCAUAUUCUGCCAUUGAACAAGCCUGUGUGGGAUAUGUCUAUGGGGACUCCACAUGUGGGCAGAGGGCCAUUUACCACAGCCUUGGCCUGACGGGCAUCCCCAUCAUCAACGUCAACAAUAACUGCUCCACAGGCUCCACUGCUCUCUUCAUGGCUCGCCAGCUGGUUAGGGGAGGUCUUGCUGACUGUGUGCUUGCCCUCGGGUUUGAGAAGAUGGAGAAGGGCUCUUUGUCGGCAAAGUUUAUGGACAGGAUCAAUCCAAUGGACAAGCACAUGGAGGUGAUGAUCAACCGCUACGGGAUGGUGGCCGCUCCAGCAGCACCACAGAUGUUCGGUAACGCUGGCAGGGAGCACAUGGAGAAAUAUGGCACUAAGCCAGAACACUUUGCCAAAAUCGCCUGGAAAAACCACAAGCAUUCCACCAACAACCCGUAUUCCCAGUUCCAGGAUGAAUACAGCUUGGAGCAGGUGAUUAACUCCCGGAAGGUGUUUGACUUCCUUACUCUGCUGCAGUGUUGCCCGACAUCAGAUGGUGCCGGAGCAGCAGUCUUGGCCAGCGAAGCCUUCGUCAGGAAACACCAUCUGGAGAACCAGGCAGUGGAGAUUGUGGCCCAAGAGAUGGUGACUGACCUCGCCUCCACGUUUGAAGAAAACAGCUGCAUUAAGAUGGUGGGAUAUGACAUGUCUCAGACAGCUGCCAAAAAGUGUUAUGAAGCUGCAGGUCUGAAGCCCAGUGACGUGGAUGUGGUUGAGCUGCACGACUGCUUCUCAGCCAAUGAGCUCAUCACGUAUGAGGCUCUGGGGCUUUGUCCAGAGGGUAAAGCAGGAGAGCUGAUUGACAGAGGAGACAACACAUAUGGAGGCAAGUUUGUGAUCAACCCCAGUGGAGGUCUCAUCUCUAAAGGACAUCCUCUGGGUGCCACAGGUCUUGCCCAGUGUGCAGAGCUGUGCUGGCAGCUCCGCGGGCAGGCUGACAGGAGACAGGUUCCAGGGGCAAAAGUGGCCUUGCAACACAACAUUGGCUUAGGAGGAGCGGUCGUUGUCGCUCUCUACAGGAUGGGAUUCCCUCAGGAGUCCAGUUCCCAAGUAGGUGCAGUUCCCAGCAGCUCAGCCAGCGGUCUGGAGGGAUUUAAAGCAUACCCUGUCUUCAAAGAGAUGGAAAAACAUCUGCAGGAGGAAGGAGAGCAGCUUGUCAAGAAGAUUGGUGGAGUGUUUGCCUUUAAAGUGAAGGAUGGACCAGAUGGGAAAGAGGCGACUUGGGUUGUCGAUGUGAAAAAUGGCAAAGGAUCUGUCUCCAGUGACCCAGGUAAAAAAGCAGACUGCACCUUAUCCAUAAGUGAUGGGGAUCUUCUGGAACUGAUGACGGGAAGGCUGAACCCACAAACAGCGUUCUUCAAAGGGAAACUGAAGAUCACUGGGAACAUGGGCAUGGCUAUGAAGCUGCAGAACCUGCAGGUUACUCCUGGGAAGGCCAAGCUGUGAGACGCUGAGCUAGCGUUGUGUCCUCUGAGCAGCACUUCCAAGGACACAUUUGUGUCCUUGGGCAAGACACUUAACCCCAAGUUGCUCCCGAAGGCUUGCCAUCGGUGUGGACUGGAUGUGAAUGAAUGUUAGUUAGAGUCUGAUGUUAGAGUCAGUAGUAUAUGUGAUAUACUACUGAUUGUAAGUCGCUUUGGAUAAAAGCGUCUGCUAAAUGACUGUAAUGUAAUGUAAUGUAAUAACAUUUCUGAAACACCUAUAGUCUCUAAUAUUCUUAAAUGCAAAUUUUUGAACAUAUGUGAAGCUCCUCCAUGCUUAAUAAUCAUGUAGUAAAAACACUCAAUGUGCCUCUAAUUUCUCUCUAUGAAAUUAAGAUUGUGGUUUAAAGCCAUUUUUGAUCUCAACCAUUUUGAUAGAUCACUUUGUAUUUAAUAUACGUCUGUCUAAUUUUAAAAAAUAAAAUAAUUUUCUUACAAUAACAACCUCUUAGU